CCUCCUCCACGGCGUCGUCGAUGAGCGACAUGCAGAAGGCAGUGGGCGUGGCGAGCAUGAUGAGGAAGGCGCAGCCGUAGAGCGGGCGAAGGAGAUCGCAGAAGGCGCCCAUGGCAAGACAGGAGAAGAUGGAUCCCGAGACGGAUGCAACGCCGCUGUUGCCGAUGUCGGCCUUGGAGAGGUUGAGAUUGUCGCGGAUGAUGGGCACGAGCGGCGCAGCCGCCAAGGUGGACACGAAGCAGGUGAAGGAGAGGUGGAAGGUGUGCAAGUGCGGGUUGGCGAAGGAGAAGAGCGUGAUGGAUGUGUCCUUGUGCUCCGAGUUCACCGGCAGGUCGAACUUGCUCGCCGACGGCGGACGAAGGCGAACGCCCCGUGACGACGUGCAGCGAGCUCCCUGGUGCACCAACCUCCAUAGCCUCUCGAUCUGCUUCAAAUCUAGCUAGCUAGCUAGCUUCUUGAAGUUGCUUGCUAGCUCUUAAGCAGAUGCGGCAGGUGCUUGAUCUGAGCUGCACGCCGCGGAGGAGGCCGACGGCGGAGGCCCUACGAGGGAGCUCGAACCUAGCGGGAUGGCCGGGGAUUGGGGAUUUUGGGUGGGGUUGCGGCCGGGAAAGGAGAGGGACCAAGUUGCGAGAAUGUUAAUUCGCGUAGGGGGAAUUCCACAAAAUGAUCGCGGGGCAUUGGUGGGAUCGUGGGAUGUCGUUGGAUACGGAUCGGACGGCCUUCGAAAGGCGUUUGCACGCUUGCACCGAUCUGGACGAUUGCACAGAAAAUUUCUUCUCCAGCCUGCAUCCGGAUUCCGCACUAUAGCAGCAGUCAACUGGUGCUGGACACACAUCUGACGACGCAAGGCGCGGCGACCAUGGGCGCCGCGGCGGCCGACCUCGAGGCGCGGCAGCUACGCAUCCUCGGCCGGAUCGCCGACCUCGAGCUCGCAGCGCAGCAGCGCCGCCUCGGGGCGCUCUCCAUCUCUGCCUCGCCGUCGGAGGCCAUCGCGGGGGCGGGGGCCACCGAGGCGCGGCUCUCGGCCCUCCUGGCCGCGCGCGGCGUGCGUGACUUCGCCUUCCGCCGCGUGCCCGCCGACUACUACGACCGCCCCCUCGAGGAGCGCCGCGGCCUCCUCCGCGCCGACUCGGUCGCCCAGCUCUGCAAGAGCAUCGUCAUGGUGAACACCCAAGCUGCUGCAGAUGUUGUUGACUGCAGCAAUCCAAAGAAUUCUAAAUAUUAUGUCGUUGUUGUUCAGUAUAUGGCACGGCUUAAUGCUGAGAGCAUCAAGAACUUCCUCUAUGAACUAAAUGAGAAGCAAAUACCUAAAAAGAGAUUUAACAUGAGAUUGGCACCAGAAGAGGAGUCACACAAGCUUACUGGCUUUGUGCACAACGCUGUCACAUGCAUUGGAAUGGAAACAAACAUACCGGUUAUCAUAGAUGAAGCUAUCACCAGGUUGGAUGAGGAUUUCUUCUGGCUGGGUGGUGGGGAAGUUGAUCUGAAGCUCGGGUUGCAAACCUCACAAUUCCUAAAUGCCUUUUGCCCAUUUGUGGUGAAGUGUAGUUGAUGACAACACUAGAGAAGCUUCAGAGCCUUGAUCAGUGCAUGGCCAGGGAGGUUCACAACAAAUAUGUUUUGCUUGGAUCUGGGGUUCGGAUGUCUGUCUUUUCUGGAGCAGGCUCUUCCCUUCCAAUUGCUUGUCUCACAUUGUUUACCGCUGAUUGUUGGUAAGAUUGGUGUGGUGGAGGGGACAUUCUUGGGAAGAUUGAGAUAAUUGCCACAACUAGGCAUAUAAUAAUACCCUUCGUGUUUUGUUCCCAA